AUGUGGCCCUCAAAGAAAAAAGUGGGUCCCCAGCUUACAUAUGGGAUCGAGGGACCUGGUGUUUAUCGCGAGGCACAUGACCCAAACAGAUACUGGUCUUUUGCUAAUGAGCUGGAUUACCCGAUUAACUUUACCCUCGUGCAAGGAUCGAACCAGCUCUUGAGGAAGCCAUUGUUUGCCACUUUGUCACAUGGACAGCGGUUAACACAGAUUAAAGAAGACUGGCAGAGGGUCCAGUCCGAAGUGUUCGUUCCUACUGGGUUAGGCAGGAAACUGGAACACGAAGCCAAAGCGUAUGUGGAGGGGGUCCACGAUCCCGUCAUCUCAGAUCAGCUGAUAAUCGCCAAUGUUAGAGUUUCACGUGCAAUUCCUUUGUUAGUUUUGGGAUAUGUCCAGAACAUGAGACGACUACACUUUUCACUGCUGAUGUGGAGAGAAAGGGCAGUACUCGAGGUCCAGACGAAAGAUAUCCGUAGGAUGUCUGUCCCUUGGAUUUCAAAAUCUGUUGUUGUGAAUAUGAGCUCGGAUAUCUUACAGAUAUCGUUUGAAGAGCCCUUUGACAAACAGGGUGGUCGAAACUGCCUGGUCCUUACCAGAGAGUCAUUGGUGCUUUUUAGAUUGACUGUGGCCGGAAUGUCCAAGAACAACUUGAUUCUGGAGGUCGUUAAACAUGCUGAAUGGACUCCUGAAGAAAUUGGAAUCUCUGAACUGGUUUAUGCCACAGCAAGUCCGUUCAACUCCACCGAGAUUUCCGUGGUGAAUGCUCGUGGAGACUUUCGCAUCAUCGAGAUCCAGAAAAAAGGUACUCCGUUCAUCCCGAAGAAAUACUCCAAUUGUACCAUUUAUGAUCCCUUAGUACUGUCAAAGUUCAAACGAGUCAUAUGGGGAGCUAGUCCUAAUGAGUUGUUGGUUUUUUCUCGAUCCAGACUAUACAAGUACGACACGAUUGCGCACGGACUCACCGAACUCGUUACUGCGAUGGCCUGGUCCAAGAUUUUGGAUCUUCGCAGAAUACCGUUUAUGACAGAAUAUUUUGCAUUGUUGACAGACAGGGAGCUUGUAAUCGCAGAUUUUUCAGACGGUGUCAAGAAGGUUCUUGCAUUCAAGCAUUGCCUUGACGAUGACGAUCCGUCCAUGACAUUGUCAGUUUCAGAGAGUCCUGUUCCCAAUGCCUUGAAGGACAAUAUUUCACUUGAACAGAUGUUCGUUUGCACGGUGACAUCCAAGGCAUCGAGACUGGUAUGGAAUGUCACAAUUGGCAUCGAAGCUGAUAACAUAGUGUUGUUGGGACAGCCAUUCAUCACACCUUCUUUUAACAAAACCAUGUCAGGGAUGGUCAAUUAUUUCUACGAUGUUGACGAGAGUGCACUUUUUGGAAAAUUACGUGGAUAUAGAGAGAAUAUGACGUCUGCUUCCACAGGGUCAUUUAGUAUCCAGAGUUGGCGAAGAAGAGCCGUUAAUACAGAUGCCAAGGUUAGCAGACCAAUCUCAGUGGCAGAUGUAUCUCUUGGUAUGUGUGCAUUUACUCUUUCUGCAAACGGUGAUUUGGUUUCUUCGAUCUCCACCAGUGACAGACAGUUCAAAAUGUUGCCUGAAUCCAAGCGUUGGUUUGAUUUUUCUGAGGAACUGAAGGACACGCUGUUGGAGGAACUCGAGGAGGACGAAAAUGAAGAUGAUGCUGUACCAGUUGAAGAAGGGGAAAACUCAGUUUCUGACCAAGUAUAUGAGAAGCUCAAGGAGUUAUUUGACUUCUUGGUUGAUAUCAAAUCGGACGAUACUCUUUGGGAAGAGGACGAAAGAGACAAGAUUCAAGAGCUGGCUUCAGACUUUACUACUUCAAUAGCUGAAAUGCUGAACUCGAAGAGCCAAAGUAACUCAAGCAUAACCCUGUUUGAAGCUACUGAAAACAGGUCCUUCUUAAUUGACGACUUGACGGAAAUGGACUACAUGUUGAAGAUGCUAUUUGAAAAUUUCAAAGGCGAGAACAUUGACUUCGAAACGAACAAAUCAUUACUGAAGAACUUUGUUUCGUCAAUCACGUCUUCAAGUCCAGAGAUUCUUGAUUUAGCGUCUCUUCGCAGUCUCCUCCCUCGAAUUCUGAGUCCCGACUCUCUCACACCUCUGGAGCAGAGCUUAGUUGCCAGGGAUGUGGGUCUCAGCUUCACCAGUUUUCACUUGCAGACUGACACAACACGCACCAAGAUAAGUCGCAUCCAGAAGAAGCUCGCCCAUCGAUACCAAACCAUUCUGGAGAAAUGGGGAGACCCCUACACACAGCAAGAGGAGACCAACGUAAGGUUGACACAAAGACUAGAGAGCCAGCUAAUCCCAACUGUUAUAAGCUCACAGAAGAGAAAACAUGACGGGCUCAAAUCACAGAUUCGCAAGACAAAAUUCCACAAACCUUCCAACCUGAAGAACGAUAGUUUUUUCUCGAUGCCUUCAUCUGUCCCGCAAUCGCAAAUAGAGUCUAGCUUGGCGUCGACAUCUUCCUAUGAAAGCGCUCCGAGACCAAAAAAAUCGAAGACGGACAAAAAAGGCAGCUCCAAGCGGAAACAGAAGAGGCGUCUGGGUGGUUUCAUGUAA